GAUCAAGGUAUAAAUAACGAAAUUCCAAAACCGGCCCCAAGUAGGGUUUUCGCUUUCCGAAGUGUGUUCGACUAAUCCCUUAUACUCUCACAGCAUAGAACCCUAAGCGGCACAACACCCUUUCUGCUUCAACAAGAAUGGCUGACGUAGUCCAAGAGGUUAGCGUUGUUCCAGAUCCUACUCAGAUCGAUGUCAAGCUCUUCAACCGUUGGAGCUUCGAUGACGUUCAGGUUACUGAUAUUUCUCUGGCUGAUUAUAUUGGAGUGGUCCCAUCCAAGCAUGCAACCUAUGUUCCUCACACUGCUGGUAGGUACUCAGUCAAGAGGUUCAGGAAAGCCCAGUGCCCAAUUGUUGAGAGGCUUACCAACUCUCUCAUGAUGCACGGGAGGAACAACGGAAAGAAACUAAUGGCUGUGAGGAUUAUCAAGCAUGCUAUGGAAAUUAUUCAUUUGCUCACUGACCAGAAUCCAAUUCAGGUUAUCGUUGAUGCCGUUAUCAACAGUGGUCCCCGUGAGGAUGCAACUCGAAUUGGUUCUGCUGGAGUUGUGAGGCGACAGGCUGUGGACAUUUCACCGCUUCGUCGUGUUAAUCAGGCCAUCUAUCUUCUAACAACAGGCGCUCGGGAAGCUGCUUUUAGAAAUAUCAAGACAAUUGCUGAAUGUUUGGCAGAUGAGCUCAUUAACGCAGCAAAAGGUUCAUCCAACAGCUAUGCUAUCAAGAAAAAGGAUGAAAUCGAGAGAGUUGCUAAGGCAAAUCGUUAAACAGCUAGGGGAAGCAGUCUUGGUGACCAGAGAUUUUGUUAUUAUGUAUUUUAUUUCACCAUAUCUAAGUUAAAGAUGUUGUGGUACUUUUGCUGGCUUAUAGUAUACUGAGCUGUUCGCUUGGCUGGUUCAUAUGUUAUGAAAGAUUUUGUUGCUUGGACGUAAA